AUGAACCUCCGCUUCCUCCGUCCAAGCAACGAGACUGGUCCCUACCUAUACAUGGAUGGACUCAUGCUCGAUUACCUUCCUGCAAUUGAGACCAACACACCCCCUUCCUGCGCUGCCGUCAUGCAGCGCGUCUCUUCUUUUCUGCCCUCAUGGGAGAAGAGGGCGUCCUCGGGCGGCGCAAAGAAUAGCAAUGGCCUGUUUGGCUGGGGUGCUGCCAGAUCCGCCUCCAGCCCCACGCCCUCGUCCAAGCCCUUGGCCGCCAUCAACACGGCCAAGGCAAACAACGGCCGCAUCAAGCGAGAGGCCUUCUGGCCCGCCACCCUCGACCAAGAAUGCGACAAGGCCGCUCGAAUACUAAAAUCCUUCUGUGUUGACGGCUACCUUCACCCUGUCGAUACCGAUGCGCCCGAGCCACCUCCCGAUUCCACGCAGCCUCCGUUCUCUCCCACCAAAACCAUUCAGAAAAUCCCCAAACGAGUCAUACAAAAUGCCGCUGGUAUCGCUGUCUUCACAUGCAUGCGAAGUGGUCUGUGGAUGACUGGAUCUGGCGGCUCCGGCAUCCUCAUCGCUCGCAAGUCAGACGGCACCUGGUCUCCGCCCUCUGGCAUUAUGCUUCACACGCCCACCCUUAGCUUCAUCAUUGGCGUCGACAUUUACGAUUGCGUCCUCGUCGUGAGCAACUUGGCUGCCCUCGAAACCAUUACCAAGUCCCGUGUCACUCUCGGCGAAGAUGUCGGUCUUCUCAACGGCCCCUCUGUACCCCUUGAUUCGCAAGAGAAACGCAUCAGCUGGAAGGAUCUCGACAACACCGUUUUGGCCUACAUGAAGGCCCGCGGCCAGCAUCAGUCCGUGAACCUGCAUGGCUGCAUCCUCACCGAGAGAGCUAACGAAAACGAACGAUUCUACCGCGCCGAAGUCACUCAAAUGGACGUACUCGCCGGCAAUGUCUCCCGCCACGUCAAAGAGACGGAAGCACUCUUUGAGGUGAUCAAAAUGGCCGAGGGAAGAACCGACUUUGACGCCGCUGUCAUCAGCCAGACUGCAUUGCAGCCAGCUCCUGGCGACGCUGUGAUAGAAACACCAAGGUCCGCUACCCCGGUCUCUCCCCGCUUCGGUGUCCCCAAGGCCGACGACCCUGAUCCUUUCGGUAUACUAGCCCUCGAAAUGGCCGGCCUAGAGAUUCGUGAAGUGGGCAGCCGCCUGCGCCCUGCAAGCAGCCAGGUUGACUUUGGCAGCGGUCCGAUGAGCCCUGUUCUCUCCAAGUUCAGCCGCCAGAGCAUAGAGUCCAUGGCUCGCAGCAACCGCGGCUCUUACAUGUCUAACCGCACCAUCAAAAGCCAACUCACCGACGUCGCAGCUCAAACCGGUACUCGAUCCCCCAGCCCUGUUGCUCGCGACAGUGAUGAGAGAAGCGAACGACCGUCUUUGGAUAAAGAAAAUGUUGACUACACGACUGUUGACAUGUCCUCGCUCACACACAUCAGUCGGGAAUACGCCAAGACACCUGUUAUUGCCGAGGAACCCGAGGAGACGACAGUUACCGAGGAAGAGGUCAAAUCUGCUAAAUCUUCCAACCCCGGAACCUCUUCGCCCGAGGAAAACCAGGAAGACUUUGACGACGAAGAUAUCGAAGAAGACGACGAGGAGCCUGUCGUUUUCGAAGUUGCUGCUGUCCAACCUGCGAGAACCCAGGCUGUUGCUUCACGCAUGAUUCAAGCCAGAGGCAAUGUAGUGACCAUUGCAAAGCGUGUUCCCCCUCCUCUGCCUCGCCGAAGUCCAGCACGCGUCUCUCGGCUCAUGAAGAGUGACGGAGCUGUUGACACCCCUAGCGUUAAGAGCCCUCUGCGUCAGGCCUUCAGUGAGGCCGAUCUGCACGACGAAGUUGCCAAUGAAUCUGUCGAGGCUGCUGCCGAUGAGAACAAGUCAACGGGCGACAUGAAUGAAUCCAGACUGAGCCACGCAUCUGAUAUGGGCCAGGCUCUGCACAGUGACCUCGCCUCGACUGUGUCUGCAAACCCCGAAACCUCGAAGAACAAGCAUCAGUCCUUCGAUGCUUCUGCUGAAAAAGCGACCAUCGUUGAUUCGAAGCCCAGGGCCGUCUUACCUACUGUUGAAGCCAAGAAGGUUUCGGAUGACUCUGAUAAUGGCUCCAUUGGCAUCCUCACGGCUUCCUCCCUGCAGUUGGGCAAGCACAUCCCUCUGGCCGAAUCUAACUCGGCUCAUGAGAAGGUCGCCCCCAUCGCUGGCGACACCAAGAAGGACGAGGGUGAGGCAAAUAUUCUCACCCCUCCCACUGUUGGUGUGACCGAGGAUAGCGACACAGCUAUGGAUGGUGACGAUGAAGACAUCUCCGACGUGUCUGACUCUGAGCUUUUGGAUGCUGAAUUCUCCAUCAUGGAGCCUACUACUGUUCGAACCAUGCGUCUCUCCCAAAUUUCAGGCAACGGCGACUCAAAGCCUCAGAAGCUCGAGAUCCGCAACUCGCGCGAAAUACCUACCGACAAGCACAAGUCUCUUGAUUCCCGCAAGUCACUUGCCGACGACGAGCUCAAGGCCGCCAUGAUGGCUUUUGACAACCUGGUUCAUAUCGACGAUAGCGACAGCCACCCCAGUACUCCCCACCACGACCACACAGAUGCUUCCGACUCGGCCUCGAUCAAGAAGAAGCACAGCUCCUCAAUUUACACUGGUGCCACCGACGAUCGCUGGAGCUACGACGGUUCUUCGCCUACCACGCCCACUUCUGACCGUCCCAGCUCCAUGUCCGGUGACCUGACUGAUGAAGGGACCCCCAAGAAGCACAAUAGAAAGACGACGGAAUUGGAGUCCGUUGACCAUAUCGAGCCCCUUGACAGCCGCAACGGAGACACAACACCCACGGCCGUCACUGUGGCAUAG